AUGAUGGAACGCCAGCAUCAACGCAAGAGCAGUAAAGUCAAGGACUGGCUCUUCCGCUCGCGCUCCAAGUCGCCUCAGCCCGAGCCGCUGACGAAGAGCCAAAGCCAGGGUAACGGGCCCAAGGCUGAGGAUAAGGCUGCACCAAAACAGGAGAUCACCAAGUCACACUCCGAACCCACGCAAGUCGCCGCAAAGGCGGAUGUGGACUUAAAGGGGGCAUCCACGGGUGCGGAAGCUGAGAAGGAGGGAGAUACUAACCCGCCGCCGUACAAUCAAGCUACACCAGAGCUGGACCUUUGGGAGGAGGCGAGGAAUGCAUUAGGCCAGGCAGAUCGGGAUCUUCUCGAAACGGCUAUUGGCAACCCAGGCCAGGAGAGAAAUCUCCAGGAUGUCCUGCAAGAGGUCGUCCGGCAGAAGCAGCAGCUGGCGGAAGAAAAGGCCUGGAAGUUUGAAUUCGGCGGUCGGCGUAUCGUUCUCCGCGAUGUUGUCGAGAAGAUCGUCAGCUGGAUCAACGUAUUCAAGAGUCUGGGCGAUAUUGCCUCCUCCGCUGAUCCCAUACACGCGGGGAUACCAUGGGCUGUUAUCAGGGUCGUGCUACAGGUUGCCACGGCAGAUGUAGAGCAAAACGGGCAGAUCCUCGUGGCAGUCGAGCUCGCGACCAGCAUUAUGAAUCGGGGAAAAAUCUAUGAGGGCCUGUACUUGUCGCCGGGACACAUGUCCAAUGGCCCCGAGUAUGCCGUCGAGGCGCUCAGAGAUCUGCAAAAAGGCAUUACUCGCAUGUACUCUCAAACCCUCUCCAUCAUGAUUUCCUACGUGAAGAUGAUAGAGACGGGUACUGUAGCAAGGGCCUUCAAGGCUGCCCUUGACCCGAGCCACUUCUCCGGCAUGAUGUCCGACCUGGGUAAGCUCGAGGAUCGCUGUGAGAUGGCAGCCAACAACUGCGAGCGGCACGCCAGCUCCAACAGCCGCAAUCUCCAGGAUGCCAACUUCCGGAAGCUACGCGAGAUGUUGAAGGAACAUAUGGAACGAAACACCGCUCAGAUGUCCAGGUUCUGGAAGAAGCUGGAUGACGAGGAUAGGUGCAAAGUCUUUUUGUGGUUGUCCGACGUGCCCUAUGAGACAGACCACUACAACGCAACCAAAGGGCGCGUCGAGGGGACCGGUCAGUGGUUGCUGGACAACGGAAAGUACCACAGUUGGCGAAAUGCGAAGUCCUCUACUGUACUCUGGCUCAAUGGAAUUCCUGGAGCCGGUAAGACAAAGCUGUCCUCCAAAGUAAUCGACGACAUCCUUGGCCAAUCCGACGGUCCGGAAUUUAGCAACAACGCCUUUGCGUACUUUUACUGUGACCGAAACCGCACUGACCAUCGCGACCCGGUUGUUGUGCUUCGGAGCCUGGUGAGGCAGCUAUCGUCACCAAAAGACGAGUCAUCCAUUAUCCCUUACAUCGAGGCCAAAUACACAGAUCGCAAAAGGUCUGGAUUUUCCAGGGACCGGCUCACCACCGAGGAAUGCCAUAGCCUCCUUCUACAGCUAACAAGGGAUCACUCCCAGACCACCAUUGCCAUCGAUGGUCUGGAUGAGUGCGACCGCGACACACGAUAUGUGCUGAUGGACACUCUGGACGACAUUGUGGCCAAGUCGACGCAAACCGUCAAGAUCUACAUCGCAAGUCGGCAGGAUCAGGACUUGAGAGAUCGUUACCAGACUCGUGGCCAUCUUGAAGUUACUGCCAACGACAACCAGUCCGACAUUGAGAAGUUUGUCCUGAAGAAAAUGGAACAGAGCGAAUUUUGCCGGACGAAGUUGACGAAGAAAGUUCGACAAGAUGUUCUGCGUACCUUCCAAGAGAAAAGCCAAGGGAUGUUCCAGUGGGCUGCCUUGCACAUCGACGAGCUCUUGAAGCUCAACAGAAACAAGGAUAUUUCUGCUUACUUGGACAAGCUCCCACGGGGCCUCGAGGCUGCCUAUCACAAGAUAUUCAGCGACAUCAACGCGCAAGCCGGGAGCAAGCGGGAUGUGGCUCUCGCUGUUUUCAAGAUUCUCAUGUGUUCAUGGAGACCUCUCAGCCCAGAGGAGAUGGUGAUUGCUGCGACGCAGUUUCCUAGCGAGACAUUCUGCCUGGACCCGGACGUUGACAUUGCCUACCUUCGUGACGCCUGCCACAAUUUUAUGGUCGUUGCCGAUGGACUGCCCGAAGCUUCCGCAGCUGCAGAGCAGCAAGAGAUAGAAGACGACAAAGAGGCCAAGAAGCCAAAAGUUCAGUAUUCCGACGUCCCAUCCAGCAAAUACCGAAUGAGAGUUGUGGAUGAAACGGCCUCAAAGCCAUCCUACUCGAAUGCAAUAUGUCGCUUCUCUCACUUGUCAGUUCGAGAAUAUCUGGAACUACAUCACUGGUCUAUUGCGGAGGCAAAUGCAUUCGUGGCGUGUAUAUGUCUACGGACGAUCCUUCGCCUUAGCCGGGAUGAGCUGGUGCAAGGUGAAUUAAAGAGCAAAGAUGAUGAGGGCGAAGACUACAGUGACGAAGAAAAGGGAGACUACAAUGAAGAGAGGGACUUUGAAGAAUGUCCGGUUCUCAACGUAAAGGUCAUCGACAAGGAUUUCUACCGUCGAGUAGUUUGGCACGAUUCGGACGAUGAGCUUGAGAGUGUCAAUGCUGGAGAAUAUGACGCAGCCUAUAGCCACGGUGAUUCAGCCCUGGAUAAUUUUGCGACACCUCCUUUCAGAUGCUUUGUGUCUCUGAAGGAUAUCCAUUACCACGAGUAUGAAUCCGCGUGCACAAGCGUUGAGUUAGAUGCGUACCUCGACAUUUUCCGCUACAGCGCGUUGGAACGCUGGACACAAUACGCAUCAGAAGCCUGGUCACUUCAUAUCAGAAGAGCGGAGCGACACGAAAGUCUUCUUGGCUUGAUGGAUUCCCUCUUGAAGGAAUUCUUGGGUGAGCCAGGGUCAUCCAGCAUUGCCUACCGAGCGUGGACAGCCUUUGGUCUGGGUGGUCUCAAUCUCACAAUGGCUGAUCCGGAAAGUGCCGGUGGUCUGAAAAGCCAAUUUCCUCGCACCAAACUUCGCCCUAGCGGCGACCCUGUAAUUGGUGCCGCUUUGCUCGGCCUCGGUGACUCGCUGAAUGAGUGGCUGGCAGACGGACGGGCUGACGCUAACGCCACCAACCUUAUGGGCGAAAGCCUGCUGCUUCUUGCCACCGCAGGCCGCCAUGUGGCUGUCAUUGAGGCUCUUCUGAAACAUGGAGCAGACCCGAAUGUGAUGGGACACAACUAUACGAGGCCUUUGCAGGCCGCGGUGAUGGCAGAGAGAUUGGACAUUGUGCAACUGCUUCUGGAUCACCACGCGGACCCAAAUCUGCCUCCCGCAUGGCAAUCAGAAAAAGAAUUGCAGGGCUAUCCGCUCGCAAUAGCCGCUUCCAGGGGCAAUCUAAAGAUAACUAGGGCACUUCUGAAUUCGGGCGCCGACAUUACGGAGUCCAAGGCACUGGGGAUAGCGGCGGAGAAGACACAAUGCGAAGUCCUGGCCAUGCUCCUCAAGGCUAUCUCUGGCUCGGACAACUCUGCGCCUGAAUGGUCUACUAAAAACGCUAUUCUCUCUGCUUGGAGAGAUGCCAUUACUGAAAAAGCUAGUGUGGAAGUUCUCGAGCUCGUGAGCAAGCAUGGGGUGGACCUCGCCGCCGCCGAUAGUAUGCAUGUUGCCGCGGAACAUGGAAAUACAGAGGCUAUCGAGUGGCUUUCGAGACAGGGCAUGGAUGUGGACCAACGAUCAGCGGGUAAGAGGUCGCGCUCGACACCCCUGAUUCACUUGAUUGCCGGACGAAUUGAAAAUGAGGAGACGAUUAGCGAACCACUCGAGAUGUUGCUGAGCCUGGGAGCAAAUGUGAACGCCACCGAUACCGACCUGAACACGCCGGUGUGGUUCGCAGCCGAGUCCAGCAGAAGCAAGAUUUUGCAGCGGCUCUUGGAGGCGGGCGCCCGUCUGGACACGAAAAACAAGCAUGGCCAGUCGCCGUUGGUGGGGGCGAUUCAGCACGCGAAUGCAAGCGUUGUCAAGGUGCUGGUCAAUCACGGCGCGGACGUCAACGAGGUGUACAAUCUUGAUGAUGGGCCGACGACGCCGAUUUACAUGACGUCGACAAUGGAGAAGGAGGCGUGGAAGAUGGCCCAUGUGGUAGGCGAGCUGGUUAGGGCUGGAGCCAAGUACAAAGUAGAGGACAUGCCGACGGCCGUGCUGGAGAGGAUCGCGGAACCCAAAAAGUUUGAGCAAUGGGUGGCGGAUAUGCUUGCACACAGAUUUGGCGAAGAAAGGGAUCCUGGGCUCAAAGGGGAUGAUGGCAGUGACGAGGUGACAGACUUAGAUGUCGAGUCAGCAGAUCGGGACAUCAACGACAAUAUCAAGUCUGAGACGACGCGAGCUACAAAUGAGGAAUAUGAGCAGAAGAUGAAGAACAAUUUAAAGCGAUAG